UUCUUCAGCCCUCGAGGGAGGAUUGUUCGGUGCUACUGUGUGGCAACACCUGUUGGAACCAUGGCCGGGAUGCGGACCUUCCAGCUCAUUCUUUUGUGUCUAGCACCAGUUCUGGUACCUGCUGUGAAAAUCAAGGCCAAAGGGCGGGAGGUGAUCUACCUGGCCAAAGGUGAUUCGGUCAAGCUGGGCUGUCCAUAUGAGUUGGAACCAGAAGACAAUGGCCCGAACACCCUGGACAUCGAAUGGACACAGAUGAACUCUGACCCCACAAGCCUCGAUAAUGUGUGCUGUUCUCUGGUUCCUGCCCACCAGAUCCUUAGCUACCAAGGCCAGCAAGUCAUCCAUCCUGGAUACCCCUACAUGCAGCAGAGAGGGGGUUCUGCAGUUCAGGAGCCGCGGCAAUUCAGUCAUCCCGGUUUACAGCAGAAUGUGUUGGUUGGACAACCGAACGGCCACCCUCUUGGUCCUGUCGGCUCAUUCGGCGACUGCUGCUUUGGCCUGCAACAGAGAGUGAAUUUUGCGAUCCCGGACCCGAGCCAGUACGAUGCCUCCAUCAAUCUGCAGAAUGUGGAGGUUACCGACUCGGCAACUUACGAGUGCAAGGUGAAGAAAACCACAGUGGCCUCCCGCAAGGUUACCGUCACCGUGCAAGAGAGACCAUCUGUUCCCCAAUGUUCCAUAGCUGGCCGUGUGGCCCUGGGCCGUGACGUCACCCUGCGCUGCUCCUCCCAGUCCGGGUCAGCCCCCCUCAUCUACCAGUGGUCCAAAGUCGGUAGCUGGAUGCCCUCAUCAACCACAAAGGGUCCAAACCCUGGCGACCUGCUCAUUCGGAACCUGUCCAAGGAUCACGUGGGCUUCUAUCAGUGCAGCGUGGCCAACAAAGUCGGAUCAACCCAGUGUGUUCAGGAAAUCUCUCUUCCAGAAGGUGCCAGUCAAGUGGGCAUCAUUGUGGGGUCCGUCUUCGGCUCUCUUCUAUUGCUGCUGCUUCUUGUCUGUCUCAUCCUGGGGCUCGUCUGUUGCUGCAAGCGGAAGCGGACCAAAGAGCAGUGCAAUCAGAUCAGAGUCGACACGGCACCACCGCGGACAAAAUGCGGGAGCAGAAACAGCAGCCUGCGGUCCGUCCUGGGCUACAUGCCCCACAAUGUCAGCUUCUCGCAGCGACGUAAAUACGACACGCCCAAGGAGCAGGAGGAUACUGAGAUGAUCACCCCGGCCAAGGAGGCCAAUACCAGCUGCACUGCAGAUUCCAGCGAAGAACAAGAUGGCGGCUCUUCCUCUGUGGUCACCACCAAGGCCAGGGUUCACUAUGCCCCCGGCGUCUCUGCUCAUUCACAAGUGAAAGGGUCCCCUUCCGCACAAUCGCCCGCGGGUACAAAUCCCGGAGACAACAAGUCCACGUCUGACCAGGAUCUGGCCCACGGGAAGCGAAACCAUCCUAGAAAUUAUGGAGGAGUCCCCGUGAUGGUUCCGGCUCAGAGCAGAGAAGACCUCGUGAUAUAAGCUCCUACCACCGAGGAGUAACCGUUUUACUUUGGAUUCAGUCAUUUCUGAACUCUUGUGCCAGAGCACUAUUAGCAACCUGCAAAAGAACUACCAGUGUCCCUGAUAAUAAUAAUGAAGGAUGCCUAUGAGUCCAGAGCACCCACUCACAAAGGAGGCUGACCACAGCCUCUCUGCACGAUCUCCUGUUCUGGCCUUCCAAUCAGCUUUUCCUGCGCAUGGGUUAUUCCACUGCCUCUCUGCCUCAGAUAUGAUUGAUCAGUCACUCCUGAUGCAGAAAAGCAGCGGGAUAAGCUCUGAGGAGGUUGCCUGUUGUGUCUUUCAACGAGUCCCUGCAUCUUCCAGCAGUUGGAAUGUCCAUGGCAGCGACUUGUGCUAUAGUUGGUGUAGUGGUUAGGAGCGCGGACUCUAAUCUGGGAGAACCGGGUUUGAUUCCCCACU